AUUUUAUUACGCAACGUUGAAUUGAUUCGCCUUUUCCCCCAUUAUGAAUUCUAUAAGGAGUCAAAAGCUCUUUUCGAACGAGGACUCCCCUGAUGAUUUAAAGGACUGACAAACAAUCCAGGACGAGGUUUGUAAAAUUGUAAAUAGAUAUUUUUUUUAGGGAAAAUCAAUGUAUGAAUAAUGAGAAGGAAAUUCUUUCAGUGUUUAUAUUAGCACUAUGUCUUAUGUUCAUAUAGUAAGGCGAUUUAAUAUCUUUUACUGUGAUUUCUACAUCAUACAUGAUUACGCUGUCAGAUCAGUGACUUCUUCAAAUAGCGAUAACCAUUCGUUCUUCUUUACUGUUGACCUUGCACGAUAAUAUUUAUCAAAAAUAAUCUCUAAAAAUACGACCAGAAGCCUUUAAAUGAGAGAAUUGAAUAGAUAACGCUUUUAUGAAAAAGUCAAAGAAGACUUGCCUUUGUUAUAGAUAUAUAUAUAAAUAUAAUAUAUAUAAAAUUUCUAUUAAUACAUAUUCAUAUGUAUAUAAUAUUUUAUGUAUUAUUACGUUUAUUAAAAAUAUAGAGCAUAUUUACAUUUUAGGCCCAGAGGCUUCGUUCAUGUUUUCCAAAGGAAUAACAUAAGAGCUCUGAAUUUCCUUGUUUUAUUAUAAACAGUAUAUAUACUUAUUAAUCUUGUAAUUGGAUAACCUUAUAAGGUAUAAAAUAGGUCAAGAUUGGUAACUUUGUACUGAGAAAGUAGAUUACGAACAUCUGGUUAAAAACGGAGAUCGCCUCAUUGAAUGCUUUGUAAAAGCCCUUAUCAUAGUACUAUCAAACUCUAAAACGAUCUUUAUGAUUUAAUAUUGCUAAGCAAAUCGUGAAAAACUGAAAGGUUAAACAUAUCUUUUUGAUUUGUUCUUAUCUACUACGUCUUCCAUGUAUUCUUAUUUGACCUGUAAGGACGCUAUACAGCAAGACGGUGGCUACGGGUGGAUAAUAGUCUUUGCGUCCUUCGUCUUAUUUACAAUAGCUGAUGGAAUUGCCUUUUCCGUAGGACAGUUUGAACACAUCUGGACAAAAACUUUAGGGACUUCGAACGCCUGGACAAGUUUGGCCAAUAGUUUGUUCGUAUCUGUUCCAUUAAUCUGCGCACCACUUUCAUCUUUGGCUACACAUAAAUUUGGCUGUAGAAAGGUAACAAUAUUUGGUGGUUUCGUCGCCUCAGUUGGGUUCAUAUUAGCUUUCUUUUCGUCCAAUUUCUUCUUUAUAUGCCUUACCUAUGGCUUUGUCUCUGGAUUGGGUUUAGCGUUUGUUUACGUACCAGCCGUUGUUAUUAUCUCCACAUAUUUUGAUAAAAAACUAUCAUCCGCAACUGGAAUCGCUCUUUCCGGCUCCGGUCUUGGAACUGUUAUUGGACCUCCAAUUUGUAAUUUUCUUAUAGAAACUUACUCAUGGAGAGGAUGUUUGCUGAUUUUAGCCGCAGUUCUUUUAAAUAUUUGCGUUUGUGGUGCCCUUUAUAGACCUUUGGAACUUCAUAAAAGUACUUCAUCGGAAACUGUUCAAUCCAAAUUAUCGUCAUGUACUCAAUCGUUAGAAACAUUGGAUAAAAAAGGUCUGAAAACGUUAGUAUUACCAUCGAAGCGAAUGUGGGCAAGUUGCCCUCAAUUAUCAAGCCAAGAUAGCGAAGAGCCAAUUAAGGAAGAAAAGAAAAUAUGUUCGAUAGUUCCAUCAAAUAUAUUCAAAUCCAGUUUUCUUAUCUUUUGUUUAUGUACUGGCUUGGUAUACAUGGCCUCCGACAUUCCCUACAUAUUCAAUAUGCAAAUGGCUGUCGAACAGUUUAAAUUUGGUCAUUUUGCGUCCUCCUAUUUAACUCCAGUAAUUGGCGCUUGCAAUACAGUUGGCCAAAUAUUCGUUGGAUGGCUAGCCGAUAAAAACUGUAUAUCCAUACUCCGUCUAUACAUGAUUUAUACAUGUAUGGUCGGAUUGAUUUUAAUAACAAUGCCCUUUUGCUCUAAUUUUUAUUAUUUAGCAUUCGCUUGUGCCGGCUACGGCUGGUUCAUGAGUGCUGACUACGCACUAAGUUUGACAAUGAUUGUUCUUAUAUUGGACAGCCGAUACGUUACAUGGGCUACAGGUUUGAUUUAUAUGUGUCAAGGAAUUGGUAACGUAAUCGGACCACCUUUAGCAGGUUUAAUUAUUGACGAGACUAAAGAAUACUUAAUAGCAUACGCUGUUAGCGGAUCCGUAAUAAUUCUAGCAGCUUCUUUGGUCCUGUGUAUAAAAGUUAAAAAGAAGCAAAAUGACAAACAAGAUUUAUACAUAUAAAUAGCAUUUUUUGACCAUAAUUUUCGUGUUUAUUUUUUAUUAACUUAUUUUAAUUCUCUUUUUCAUUGUUUGUACUUUCUCUUCUUCAAGUAUUUACAUAUUUUCUUCUGUGUGUGUGUAUGUAUGCUAUUUUUUUUAUUUCAUGUUAAAUGAUGCAUUUUGCCCUAUUUUUUUUUUGUAUAAAUCCAAAUAAAAUACUAUACUUUUUUCUUU